CUGUGCUGUCCCAGCGCUUUCUUCAUGCUCUUGCACUGUUUUAUUCUGCACAGUGAAGGAAAGACAUCGAAAGCAUAGCUUUAUACACAUAAUAUUGUUAUUAUUUUAAAUAGACUGUUUCUUUUUUAAGCAAGGGUAUCAAAAACACAAAGGAGAGCAAACAUGACAAUCAGACACUGUGAUUAUAGCCAGCAGUAUCGGCCUCGAAUGGCUUUUACAAAAAAGGUUGAAGCGCUGGUUCUGGAGAUGCAGGAUCCUGACACAGGAGUCAAGACACAAACUCAGAGGCUGGUUAUCACCACAAUCCCUCAUGCGAUGACUGGCCACGAUAUACUGGAAUGGAUUAUAAAUCGAUUACAGAUUUUGGAUGAAGAGGCUCAGAACAUUGGCAAUUUGGUGGUCCAGUAUGGUUACAUCUACCCCCUACAGGAACCAAAGAACAUCAUUCUCAGACCGGAUGGCAGCUUGUACCGAUUCCAGACACCUUACUUUUGGCCCACCCAGCAGUGGCCAGCAGAAGAGACAGAUUAUGCAAUUUACCUUGCAAAGAAAAACAUACGAAAAAAGGGGGUGCUGGAAGACUAUGAAAAGGAAAACUACAAUAUACUUAAUAUAAGAUUAAAUCACAAGUGGGACUUUGUCAUAAUGCAAGCUAAAGAGCAAUACAGGGCAGGAAAAGAGCGAAAGAAGGCUGACAGAGUGGUCUUUGAGUUUCAGGAGAGAGCCUAUUGGCUAGUCCACAGACCACCACCGGGAGCUCCCAAUGUCAUUGAUUACGGCCUGGACCGCUUCUCAGAUCCCAAUGAAAAUCAGGUAACACAGAAAAAAACUUUUGACGUGUACCGAAGAGAGAUUAUCUUCAACCAGCAUUCACUGAUGAAGUCAAGAGUCAAGUCUUCGGUCUCCCUGGGAGGGAUUGUCAAGUACUGUGAACAGUAUUUCAACCAUGACCCCAUCAUGACAGGCUGUCUACCCAGCAAUCCUUGGCUUACUGAUGACACACAGUUCUGGGACUUGAAUGCUCCCUUGUCGGAGGUCCCCACGAAACUGCGUGUGGAGCGCUGGACCUUCAGCUUCAGGGAGCUCCUCAGUGACCCCCGAGGCCGGCAGGACUUCCAGCUCUUCUUGCGGAAGGAAUUCAGCGGUGAGAACUUGGCAUUCUGGGAAGCCUGUGAAGAUUUAAAAUACGGCGACCAGUCAAAGGUGAAAGAAAAAGCCGAAGAAGUGUACAAGACCUUUCUGGCUCCUGGGGCCAGGCGUUGGAUUAACAUCGAUGGCAAGACUAUGGACAUCACAGUGAAGGGCCUCAAGCAUCCUCACCGCUACGUGCUAGACGCCGCCCAGUCUCACAUCUACAUGCUCAUGAAGAAGGAUUCCUUCGGUCGUUAUUUGAAGUCCCCUAUAUUUAAAGAAACCUUGAAUAAGGCCAUCCUUCCUGAGCCAACCAAGAUCAGUGAGAGCAAGUUCCCAUUCAACAAACGGCACCGCAGGUCCAGUCCGAGCCCGGUCAUCCUGAGACAGCUGGAACAGGAGGCCAGAGCCAAGGCAGCCGCCACAGGACCCGUCGACAUCACCCAGCUGUGCAAGUUCACCGCCCCUAUUCCUCAUCUUACUGUGUAUACUGGUUUCUGUGAGCCGACUUCUCCGACUGGCACCGCUUUGUGCGACUUCCCUCCCCCAUCUCCUGGCCUCAUGACCCUGCCAAACAGCACUGCCUGCCCCUCGCCCAUCUGCGUGGCCAUCGAGAGCACCCCUGCCUCCGAGAGGAGGUUUGAACCCAGCUCCAUCUCGACUCGGUUCCUCUCCAUCGCCGAGAGCACAGAGAUGUCGGUCAGCUCGGAUUCCAGCACGGCCGUGGUGGAGGAAACCAAGCAGCCCUCUCACAAAUCGCGUGUGGCUCUCUCCUUCAGCCGUUUCCUGAAACGUGGCUGUUCCAACUCUCCCAUCUUCGCCACGCUCUCACCCAAGUGCCCAGCCGUCAACAGCGGCAGAGUGCAGCCUCUGAAUGGCGAGCCACAACACCAGCCUCAACAUCAUCAUCAUCCUCGUCAUCGUCAAGGGCAACAAAAAACAAAGAAGACUAACAACUUCUUUCAGAUCAAAGUGGACACCCCAUCCGAGUGCAGAAUCUACCCCAUUGACUCUGGGGACGAGGAGGAGGACUGUUCCAAUUCUGUGAAGAAGAACACAGUGAAAGAGGUGAUCUGUCCCUGGGAGACCAUCACAGAGGAAGGCAAGGCUGGCUGAUGCACAACACACUGGGGAUCCACUACCACCAUUCAAGGACUUAUUCCUAGUAAAGGCCAUUAAAGAACUAAAUACAAAUAAGUAGCUACAAAUCAAUGCCAAGCAUAAAGUCCAGUAUAUUCAUGUGUGUUCCGUUCAGAAGUGCUUUUAUAUGUUAGACUCGAAGAAAUAAAUACUUUUGCAUGAAACAAAUGUAAUAUUGAUUAUGCAGGGCAGAAUGUAUUUCAGUCAUUGUUUAAUUAUUCUUAGUAGGAUUACAUCCUUCAAUGUAAUUUUUAUAGUCUGUCUGUACUUUGCACUUACAGUAUUAGUGAGGUUGGAUCAAGUCUGUUUUAUUUUCUUCUACUUGAUUGACUAAGGGGGGUCUGAAGGUAGCUUCUGUUACCGUAAUGUAUGGCGAGCCACCAUGUGUCAUUUUCACGCACAUGACUCUCGAAGAUUGUAAUCAGUUUUUUAAAUUCUGUAAAUAUACACUGUUAACCCUCGGCUGUAGGAAAUGAAAAUUAGUAUUUAUUGUUUACAUAAGUGUAUGAUGUUUUUCUACUUAUGUAUUGAAGACUACUGUGACAUUCCUUAUAGACAUGAACUGUUAUUUUCAUAUCAUUUUCCUGUCAGGAAACAAAGGAUAAUAACUGUCUGAACGUAAAGGAAGUCAGACAAAUUAUGUACCAUGACAAAUUCCAUGAUACAUUCAAGAGGAAUUUGAAACAUCUGGUUAGUGCAAGUGCCUAAACAAAAAAUAUUCUUUGAAGACUGCUUUAUUGGUGACAAAUUAUCUCUACCAGGAGUGGGUCAAUUACUAUUUUUCAAUUCCAGUUCCAAUUCCCUUUUUAUCAAUUCCAACAUAUCAUUGAUCAAAAUUGUAAUUAGCAGCAUUCUUUUAAAAUGAGCUUCUUACAAUGUGAAGAAAUUACUUCAUGAAGUCGCUGUUAGUCAAUUAAAUUGGCUUCAAAAGAAAGCAGUUGAACAAUCACAUUAAUUCUUAUUGUCUCUAAGGAAUUGGAAUUGAGAAUCGACCUCAACCCUGAUCUCUGCACUUAGAUUUUUUGGUUUACAUU